AUAACCCCGCCGAAGGACCCACCAUCCUUUUUUUAAACUUUCAAACUGAAAACAAUUCAAAAUUUCAUGUCAUGCCGGAAAACAAAUUUAAACGGAAGCAUUGUAUAAUUAGUUGACUUUUCGAAGCGCUUUCCCAAAAACAAAAAACGAAAUGCCAACCAGCAGUACUACUCGAGUGGUCAAAACCAGUCCCUAUUGGCGCACUGUCAGCGGUCCAAAGAAAUCGGUGCCGUCCUUCCAGUCGGCCACGGUGCCGCCCAGAUCGGGGAUAUCGCAGGCCCAGUUCAACAACCGGAUAGGCCAGCAAUUGCUGCGCACUCUCGUCCAGAGUCUGCCCUCGGCCACGCAGAACAUCCGCUCCAGAUCGAACUGCACGCACAGCUUCCGUCGUCGCAUGCGCCCGGCUAGCUGCAGAUCCCUUCGCACCCCGGAAUCGGCUAUCGCACCCCUGCCCACCACAGGGCCGUACCAAACGAAGCCCAACGUCAAGCUAACUACCGGAGUAUCUGUCCGGCCAGUGGCCGGUAAGGACCGAAAAGCAGCUGGCGCAUCGGACUCUCAAUAUGCCCAGAAAUCCAUUGAUACUAUAAUAAAGCGGCGCCAGGAGAAUCCGGCGGUGAAGGCCAAGGCCAGGGAGGAGGAGUUCGAACGGAUUCCGCCGGCCAGAUCAGCCGUAGCAUCACCGGUGGCCGAGAGCCCAGAAACUGGGGAAAGCGAAAAGAGCCCUCCAUUGGGCCCUCUAUUGGAAAAGCGGGCGAAUGCCGCCAAUCCUGAGACUGCAUCCAAGACAGCUAGCCAAAAGAGUUCCAUCCCAACUAGCCAGUUGAACUCUAGGAAUAUCAGUAACUUUCCGUCAAGGCGGGAGAGCCAAGAUAAGGAACCGCAGUCCAACUUUUGCGAAGAUGUCAAGAAGGCCAAUUUUUGCGAAGAUGCCAAGAAGGCCAAUUUUUGCGAAGAGGCCAAGAAGGCCAGUGAGUCGUUGGAAGGCGGCUCGAUAGAGAAGGAGUCUAAGGAAUCGGCUGGUGCCUCCAACAUGAAGAUCUUUCCCUGCUUUCGUGGCGAUUACCCGACCCGCCAUCGGCCCGACUCGUAUCAAUGGUUUCAGGCCGCGGGACCGAGUUGCGGUAACAUCAUGACCAUAUGCGACGAGGACCAGCAGCUCAUGGGUGAGACGGAAAUUAUGACGUCCUGCGAGGUGACCGAGGCCCAUUUCCUGAGCAUCGAUUGCGACGAUGAUGGGGACAACACGACCGGACCACCUUGCACCAAAUGCCAAGAGUCUACCAUGUGGACGAGCCAAGCUCCAACCAUGUUCGCGCAGCAACAACAGCAACAGAUGCCGCAGCAGCGACAGCAGCAGAUGCCGCAGCAGCAGCAAACUCUGAGUUGGUUCGGAUCCAACAGUCAACAAGGAAAUCCGUACAUGCAACAGAACUCCAUGCAGCAGCUGCAACAGCAGCCCUUUAUGCAAAAGAAACAGGGCCGCAUGCAGAACAACAUGCAACAGCACCCAUGCAUGCAGCAGCAACACCCAUACAUGCAACAGCAGCAGCAACAGAUGAAUUAUAUGCCACGUCCAGGAUGUGGACAGGGCAACAUGCAGCCGUCCAUUCGGAGCUGCGAUACUGAGAAUCAGAUGAGCAACCAGUACUCUUGCAGCUCGCAAAUGCCGCAGGAGAAACAGCAAAUGCUGCAGAAAAUGCAAUACCAACAGCAGGAUCAGAACUGCUUGACCGAACUGCUGGCCCAGGAGCUGAAGCAGCAGAUGCAGGAUGCCCAGGCCCAGAUUGCUCAGGUGCAACUGCAACUGAAUAGCGCUUGUGGGGCGACGAGGGUGCGGAAGAUGCAUGUCCUGACCCAGAACGGCACCGAGGAUCCUUCCUGGUCACCAACCACUCAAUUCUUUUCUUCCGUCGGCAAGGAUUCUAUUGACCUAGAAGACGGAAAUCUGGGUCGUGAUGAGGAUGGCGUCGAUGAUGACAUGAAUAGCUGCUUCGCACCAUGUUCGCAGGGGAAUUAUGGGCAGCAAUUGCAGCCAUCCCAACAGCAGGUUAUGCCUGGCAGUUGUCCGGGCAUCGGUAUGCCCUCUCAAUCGGGAAUGUCCUUUCCCUAUUGCUAUCCUGGCCAGCAGAACCAACAACAACCCAUGCAAUUGGGCAUCUAUCCGGUGCCCAUUUCGGCUCCCGAUCAAAGUCAAAUGUUCCAGCAACGGCCCUGUCCUGGUCCUGGCCGGCAACCGAAUGCCUAUCCUACGGAAUUCUCUCUGAUGCAGCAGCAACAGCAGCCAAUGCCGGGCUGUCCUAGCCAGCAGCAACCAAAUGGAUCGACCUGUUCCCAGCAACAGAAUCCGGGCCAGCAAUCGCAGUCGAGUAUGUGUCACUUUUGUCCGAGUUGCUAUUGCCAGCGAUACGCCCAGAUGCGAUUCAUGAUGCCGCGCUGUUGGCCUCGCUAGUAUCCCUAAGCCCGUAAUGUAUCUUACCUUGCACAAAAUCCAAAAGAUUGUGUUUAGUGCCAGAUAAGAUACUUUACCAAUUAAAUAAUGUAAGCCAUGAUGCACUGAAUUGUGCAAUUCUUCCGUUUAAAAUUAAAGUCAAUCGGAGAAUUGAAAAGACCAAAGAAACUAAUAAAUUAUUGAUUUAAAUUUUA